GGAUCUCCACAAGGUGUACUGAAUGCAUAGAAGUAUUAUUCUUUUCAAGAAUAUUUCAGGAGGGGAAGAAUAAUGCAGCAGAAAAGAUGACAAACCUUUCGGUCUGGACCUUGAGUCAGGAACACCGCUGGUGGGGUGCUUGCUGUUGACGUAAAACAUUUCUGCCAGUCAGUUUGAUCAUGUGACGACAGUAGCUCUGCUCUAACUGGUCCAUUCCAUUAUUCAAUAGACCUACAACCAACUGGGGACCAAAAAUAGUACGAAUCGGUCCGGCCUAAUGGGUCCAUUUUAUAAUGGAAACGCUCAAAAUACCACACCGGUUCGGUCUGGAUCACUCAGUGGAAAGGAGGCAUAGGAGGUCAUCUACUAAUGUGUUUUUUUUUCCUAUUUGUUUAAAUAAAAAAUACAUUUUGCAUCAUUUCGGAGAGAAUUAAUUGAAGUUUACUUGAUUUUUCCUCCACUAGUUUCUACAGUUUUUUUUUUUUUUUUUAGACUGUCAAAUGAAAGUGGCAGGACUUUAUUUUUUUUCAGUCUGUGACUGCUUUAUCCUUCCACUAAGCUCCCCUCAUUACCUCCUGUGAGCUGCUACAAAUGAAAGGUGAGGCAAUAUAUCUGCUUCUUCGGUUUGCAGCUUCACUCACCUCACAUUCAAAGCGUGCUGAAGGCUAACAUGUAACUCGCCCUUGACAUCCAAUAUUUUUGUUUCCUCUUCACCAUGUUAUAUAAUUUGACAAAAACUAAAAUAUUCUUGACUCCACCUUCUUAUCAUCCCCCUCAGCCAACAGUACGUCUGCAGUCAGAGCUGCUCGUUCACACACCAACAAAUGAAACGGCAUCACGCUCCCUCUCUCCUCCUCUCCUCUUUCUUCUGCCACGCUCCCGCCGAGCUGAAUCUGGCAGCGACACACUGAGGGAGGAAAGCGCUCUCAGUUGGAGCGGAUGAUCCUUUCUCCAGACCGAGUCGGGGUCAGAGUGGGAGAGAUGGAUGGAACCUGCUGACGGGAGCUGCAGCCUCACCGCCAGCCCGCACAUCUCUGAGCGAAACAUCAAGACAGAAGAACACCUGACCAUGCUCGCCGGGGAGAGAUCAUGACUUCACUGAACGCCUCCGACGCCAUGGCCUCCCUGUCCUUCCCCAUCUCCUCUCUUGAGAAAAAUGUUUCCUCCUCUGUAACCCUUGACCCCUCGUCCUCCCCCGUGUCCUUCCCCACCUUGUCCUCCACCCUGCUGCCGUCCUCCAAUUGCACCAGCGCGGCGUCGCCCUCCUCUCCCCCGUACAACUUCUACGCCGUGCUGCUGGUCCUCCUGAUCUUCUGCGUGGUGUUCGGUAACGUGCUGGUCUGCAUAGCCGUGUCGCGGGAGCGCGCCCUGCAGACGACCACCAACUAUCUCAUCGUCUCCCUCGCCGUGUCCGACCUGCUGCUGGCCACCCUGGUCAUGCCCUGGGGCGUCUACCUGGAGGUGGUGGGAGAAUGGCACUUCAGUCUCAUCCACUGUGACAUCCUGCUCACCUUGGACGUGAUGAUGUGCACCGCCAGCAUCCUCAACCUGUGUGCCAUCAGCAUCGACAGAUACACAGCGGUGGCCAUGCCGCUGCUCUACAACACCAGGUACAGCUCCAGGAGGAGGGUGGCCGUCAUGAUCGCCGUGGUCUGGUUCCUCUCGUUUGCCAUCUCCUGUCCUUUACUGUUUGGUCUGAACAACACUGCCAGUCGUGAGGGGACCACGUGCAGCUUUGCAGACCCAGCCUUCGUGGUGUACUCGUCCGUGGCGUCCUUCUACGUUCCUUUCAUUGUGACAUUGCUGGUCUACGCCCAGAUCUGCGUGGUGCUGCGGCGGCGAGGCAGACGCACCGCCCCGCCGCGCAGACACGGCCUGUUCACGCAAACCGGCACUGAUACCAAAGAAAGUCGACACCAGAAGAAUAAAUGUACUCAACCAGAAGAUGUGAAACUGUGCACCCUGAUCCUGAGACCCAGCACUGCAGCACCUCAGCGCAAGAAAGUGACUCUGGUGAAGGAAGCUGUUGUCCACCCUCUUGAAGAGGAACCGGGUCAGUUCCUCCCCCAGACCGAGCAAAGCCGAGCCCCUCUUCCCGCCCCCCAGACCUCGUCCCACUCGGCACGGGCUGGGAUCUCCCUUUCCAUCUCUGUUGCGCCCGUUCUCCCUCCGACGGUGACGAGAUCGGCCCUGACGCCUCGCCCCGCCACCCUCGAGGAUGGCAUGAGGGGGCGUGAGGGAUGGAAGGAACGCAGCAGCAGCAGAGAGAAAUGGGGCGCCACCAAGGAGAGGGUGAGAGGGAGGCUGUCACAGCAGAAGGAGCGCAAAGCCACGCAGAUGCUCGCCAUCGUGCUGGGCGUGUUCAUCAUCUGCUGGCUGCCAUUCUUCCUCACUCACGUGCUGAAGGCCCACUGCAGGAGCUGCUGCAUCUCGCCCUCGCUAUACAGCGCCGUCACCUGGCUGGGUUACCUCAACAGCGCCGUCAAUCCUGUCAUUUACACAACUUUCAACAUUGAAUUUCGCAAAGCCUUCAUUAAGAUCCUGCACUGCUAGACCGCAGUCAGCCUUAGGAAUUAGCACGAGCCUAACACUGGUAAUAAGUGUUGAGGCGAAAGUAAAAAAGAUCCAUUUUGAAGCACAAAAACAACAAAUCUGGACAAAUUAGAAGCCAGAGGAUGACAGCAGACAUAAAAAGAAACCACACGACAAUUGCAAAGAAAAGAGAUUUACGGCAUGUAGGAGACAGAAACAAGAAACACAAACAAGCUGGAAGUAUUUUUAAAAUAAACGACAUGCACUGUUUUGUGUAUAUACUCUGUGAAAAGGAAUGUAAGAAACUAAGAUCUCACCACAGCAUGCAAAGUCACAGUGAGAUUUGCUGAGACGUGACUGUUUUCCUUUACUAGAACAGUUGAUUUUCUCAAAGCAUUGACAUGCAUUAGCUUGGGGGAUUUUUUUUGUGUUUACAUGUACUUUUUUGUCAGAGAGGAGAGAAUCAGGCAGAGAAAUGACACUAACUUUGAUGUUGGGCUUUAAUAUUUGUGUCAUGUUGACGCCCAGAACUCUUUCAACACUUUUGACUCAUCUCUGGACUCGGAUCCGACUAGAGUUACUGGUUUAGAAAUCCAAGCACACACACACAGAAGAUGUAAAGUAAAUCCUGGGGCUUACAUGCUGUUCAUAAAACAAUAAUAAAUAUGCACAAAAGUUACUUUUAUGUUGGUUUUUAGCAUUAGAAAUAGAUUUUGUUUUGAAAUGUAAUUAUUAAUGUGACAUUUGUUUUAGCUUUUCCUCUAACACAUUUGGUAUGAAUGAUAAAUAAGUCCAAUUGAAUAAAAGCAGUAUGUCUGCAAAACAAGUGAGAAUGUAGGUCUGUAAGAUAAAUCACACAGAAAAUCAUUAAAAAUAUGAAAUUGU